CGCGAAUCCAUGGACCGGACCGGCCCAAUUGUAAUCCUUCCUGAAACCGCUGUCCCUCCGGUAAUGGCGACUAGGGUUUUGGCCAGGCUCCCUCUCCGUCGCAUCCUCUUCGAAUCCCCGCCCAAUCGAUCAUUUCCAUAUCGAAAGAUCCGAUCGUUCUCGAGACCUUCGAAUCACCAUGCAGCAAUUCCGUCGGAAUCCCCGUCAAAUCCCCACUUCUCGCGACAAGUUUCCAUCGCCGGCCUGCUUCUGAGGUACGGUUUCCCCCAAUCCCAGUUGCACGAGUUCAUCCGAAAGAACAGGUUUUUGAUGGGUUCAUCCCCUUCUGAUGUCGAGAAGUGCAUAGGGAUCCUCUUAUCCUUUGGCCUGAAUCAGGAUUCUCUGUUUUCGAUCCUUUCCUCUUGCCCUUGGACUCUGGAACUAGGGUUUUUAAGGAAAUGGCAGACGGCCUUCUCGGAACUACGGUUGCCGAGCCUUUCUCCUUCAUUUGUCCGGAGAGCACUCGAGCAGUCUGCAAAACUCCGAAUUGAUCCGAAUGAUCUCCACCGCGGUGUGCAGGUCAUGAAGAAUCUAAGCCUUAAUGAUAAGGCUAUGUCUAGGGUUCUGGAAGAAGUGCCUUUGACAUUGAUGAAAAACCCAUUUGACAUUGGCUGUAGGAUUGAUAUCUUGAAAGAUUUCAGGCUUAAGAAUGAUGAAAUCAAUAGGAUUUGUUAUCUCUUUCCUGGAUUCUUAGCGUAUAACGUCGACAGCCGGUUGAGGCCUUUGUUUGCAGAGCUUCGAGACUUGGAUUUUACUCCAGAGGAGGUUAGGAAGAUGCUACUCAACAAUCCCAAGCUGCUGCUCAGCAUGGAAGCUGGGGAGCUUUCUCGUUGCGUUGAUUUACUGAAUAGUUUGAAAUGCAGGGUACCAAUUAAGAAGAAGAUUCUAAGUAAUGGUCGACUAAUGGCAUGCACUGAGGUAAAACUUAGAGUGGAUUGCUUGUGCUGCCAUGGUUUGAUCCAUCGAGAUGCUUUCAAGGUUUUGUUUGUGGAGCCGAGAGUGAUCAUAUAUGAUUUGGAAGACAUAGAGAAGAAGAUUGAUUUUUUACUCCACAAGUUAGGUUUAUGUAUUGAGCAUCUAAUUGAAUUUCCUGACUAUUUGGGUGUGAAUCUUCAGAAACAAAUAAUUCCACGUUUCGAUGUCAUCGAGCACCUGAAAUCAAUAGGAGGACUGGGUUUUAAUGUUGGAUUGAAGCAUCUGGUGAGACUUAGCAGGCUGAAGUUUUACAACCUGUUUGUGAAGCCAUAUCCAGAGUGCGAGAAGAUCUUUGGGGGAUCGAUUAGAGAAAUUAAACCCCAACACCCAACUGGGAUGUGGAAGCUGUUUAAGCCACAGAAAUUCUCAGAUACUGAGGAGGAUGUGAAGAAUAUGAAGCUGUUCAUGGAAUCUUUGGCCUAGUGCAAUUUGAACUUAAUUUCUAAUUGCUUUAUGACUUGAAAGGCGAGUAGAAAUCCAACUAUAAGGUAAAACUAGUAGAAUCCAUCUUGAGUGAUCUGAAAUUGGUGGACUGACAGACAUUUGAACAAAUUAUUUACCCAACUUACCCUUGAUCAUAUUUCAUCAAAAGGUUCAUGCAAAUGAGGAUGCUGAAUCAAUUAUUUUCUUUCGGAAGGAUCAUCUGGUGAUUGGCACGCCGAAACCAUAAACAUGCUCUCUCUUACAGUAUUCUGGAGCACAAGGAGACGAUGCGCAUUCUCAACAAGAUCCUGGUUCUGAUGAAGCAAAUGCCUGUUUCCAAGGAUGAUAUCUUGCAGUCCAAUGUCAUAUUUACUUGUAGCACACUGCCGAAGCCAUAAUGUCAUAUCCGUGCUUGAUGUGCUAACAUGAACUUGUCCGAGGCAAAUGAUCUGAAUGCUGAAGUCUUAUCAAAAUCACCGUAUGUCAUGCCGUAGCAAUCGAAGGAGUUUCUGUUUGUAUUGUCUUGUUUCUUUUUUGUGAAUGAUCAAUUUGCUUCGCAUAAGCUCUCAAUUUCUGGUAAAAAAAACAAAAAAAGAAAUCUCUUAUUGCUGCCAUGAAGGCAAGUAACAUUACUUGUAAGCAAGCCCGACUGUCAUUGGGCAAGAUGGAAAGCUAGAACCUUUAGUGUAGCAUGGUAAAGUUGUAUAAACCUGUGCUCAAUUUAUCUAUCA